CCAGGACGUUCUGCUUUCAAUAGGUUCAUGUGUUCAAUUUGUGGAAAAGCUUUUCAACAUAAAGGUCAUCUAGCAGAUCAUGUGACAACACAUACAGGUGUCAAAGCGUUUAAUUGUGAUGUGUGUGGGAAAUCAUUUAAUCGACGGUCGAGUCUACUACGUCAUCAAAACAUUCAUACGAACGGAAAGUCAUACUUUUGUGAUAUUUGCGAGAAGUCUUUUGUGGACGGCAGUUCUUUAAAAAGACAUAAGAAGAUUCAUUUAAAUAUUAAAAACUAUGUGUGUAAAAUAUGUUCAAGGAAAUUCACAGAUGCGAGUAAUUUUAGUCGACACGUGAAAGGUCAUAAUGGAGGUAAAUUGAAACAUAAGUGUAAGGAAUGUGAAAAAUGUUUCGCCAACAAAAAAAGUCUGGAAUCUCACGUCAAAGAGCAUAAUGGAGUAACGCUGUAUCCUUGUACGUAUUGUCCGAAAGGUUUUAACAACAAGAGUCUAUUAGUUGAUCAUAUCAAAGUCCACGAAGGAAUCAAACCUUUUAAAUGUGAUUUCUGUGGAAUGGAAUUCGUGCGAAGGAUGAGUUUAAUACGUCAUAGAAAUUUACACACGAAAGAGAGAUACUUUCACUGUUCUAUUCCAGGAUGCCAGAGGAAAUUCCUUGAUCGUACUGGCCUAGUAAAACAUGAACUUGUUCAUAAGGGAGUUAAGAAUAUUGUUUGUCAAAUUUGUUGUAAGAGAUUUUAUUUAAACGAAGAACUACGACGCCAUCUAGUGGUUCAUUCAGACGAACGUCCUUUCCCGUGUCCAAACUGUGAUCAGGCCUUCAAAACUAAAAUAUCAUUAAACCGUCAUAUUAAAACACAUUAUGAUAAAGAAUUUAAAUGUGAAUUUUGUUCGAAAGAAUUUAUCAGAAAAUAUCAGUAUAAAGGCCAUUUAUUAAAAUGUCAAAUGAAGAAAGAUGCUCAGGAUGUGAAGCCAACUAUUUAAAGGGGCAGUCCCUUAGAGGGGAACAGUCUGCAUUUUCAGGGAUUGAUUUGGAUCUUUAUUGUGCUUUAAUCACAUAAUCCUCUCAAAUAUACCUCAAACUAGAAAUUUCACUGCGUAAUCCUAUAUAUUAUGUGUUCUAUAUAUGGACUAAUCUCAACUAAAUUCGAUUUGAAUUUUUAACUUUUCAACAUGAAUAAUUAUGGAUACACAUGGAUUUGAAGGCUCAAAUUUCGACGAUGAGCUCUUGUUUAUGGUUAAGAUAUGAUUUGUUUAUCUAUUUUUUUUUUUAAAUGACCAUAGCAUCACCAAAAUGUUUGUGUUCAUUGUGGUCUAUUAUAAAUAUUGACAAACAAUCCGUCUUAUUUUGAGGAAGAAUAUAAAUAGUAUGGUAAUCGAUAUAUAUUUGCUUGAAUAAUUAUACAAGGUCCAUAAUGUGAAUUAGGCAUAACAGUUUAUUAUUUAUUAUUUGUAAAAUUUGUAAAGGAUUUGGAUGAAUAUUUUGUUUUUUGUUAAAAAUCAAAUGAUUUUGUUAUAGAAUGCCUGAUAUUAAUAAAAUAUAUUUAAUACAAUUAU